AUGCUGGAGGCGUCUAAUCGGCGGCGGCAGCACGCCCAGUCCCAGGCUGCGCCCCCAGCCGCCGCCACCAUCUCGGCUGCUGGACCUGGCUCGUCCGCGGUGGCCGCCGCGGCCAAAGUCAUCUCGGCACUUGGCGGAGGGGGUGGCGGCGGCGGCGGCCUGGUCUCUCCCCAGCACCACGAGCUGACUUCGCUCUUCGAGUGCCAUGUCUGUUUUGACUAUGUCCUGCCCCCGAUCCUGCAGUGCCGGGCCGGGCACUUGGUCUGUAACCCAUGCCGCCAGAAGCUGAGCUGCUGCCCGACGUGCCGGGGAUCCCUGACCCCUAGCAUCAGGAACCUGGCCAUGGAAAAAGUGGCCUCUGCUGUGCUAUUUCCCUGCAAGUACGCCACCACGGGAUGCUCCCUGACUCUUCAUCAUACAGAAAAGCCGCAACAUGAAGACAUCUGUGAAUACCGUCCAUACUCCUGUCCUUACCCUGGUGCCUCUUGUAAAUGGCAGGGUUCCCUGGAAGCCAUGGUGUCCCACCUCAUGCAUGCUCACAAGGGUAUCACCACCCUUCAAGGGGAAGACGUUGUCUCUGUUGCUACAGACAUUAACUUGCCAGGGGCCCAUGAUUGGGUGAUGAUGCAGUCAUGCUUUGGCCAUCACUUCAUGCUGGUGCUGGAGAAACAAGAGAAGUAUGAGGGCUACCCACAGUUCUUUGCCAUUGUGCUACUCAUUGGGACCCAGAAGCAAGCAGAGAACUUUGCUUAUCAGCUGAAACUGAAGAACAACCAGCGGAGACUAACCUGGAAAGCCACACCCUGUUCCAUCCAUGAUGGGGUGGCUGCUGCCAUCUUGAAUAGAAACUGCCUUGUUUUAGAUACAACCAUAGCACAUCACUUUGCUGACAAUGGAAACCUUGAAAUCAAGGUGACCAUUUCAACAUGUUGUCCAUGA